AUGGCGAUGAUGGGUACUACUCGUGGCGGUGGUGACAGCAGCAGCGGCCGGCGUGUGCUGGUCCUCGGCCUCUGCCUGCUGCUGCUUGGUGUUGCGCAGGCGCAGGCGCAGGCAGUGGAGUUUGAGUUGGUGCCUGAUGCUGGUAGCAUUGAUCCGAUGAUGCUGCCUACCAUGGAUGGUGAGCCGCCGCGGGAGUGCGCGACCCCGGUGAGCGUGGAGGAGGCGUGCCGCGGCGCGUCGGAGACGCACGCCGGUGUGGACUACGACCACUGCAUGGCGUCGCUGGGCGCCGACCCGCGCAGCAAGGAGGCCGGCAACAAGAACAUGCACGGGCUGGCGAUGCUGGCCACCAAGAUGGCCAUCGACCACGCCGCCAGCACCGAGUCCAAGAUCGACGACCUUGCGGAGCUGGAUGCGGAGGCGGAGUUGCCGCAGGCCCGCCGCGCCCGCUUCAACCACUGCCUGGAGCAGUACGGCGGCGCCGCCGACCUCCUCCGCGACGCGCUCGACAACCUCAAGGCCAAGAUCUACGGCAAGGCCAUGGAGCAGCUGACCGCCGCGAUGGGCGCCUCCGAGAGCUGCGAGGACGCGUGGAAGGGCGAGGAGGAGCAGCACCGCGUCCCUGUCGCCGCGCACGACAGGGAGUACGGACGGAUGGCGCACAUCGCCUUCGGAUUCACACACGCCGCCGCCGCAUGA